AUGAGAGUUGCGUUCCGACCGGCCCUCCGCCGGGUCACAGGCACGCAGUUGACUCGCGCGGCCUGUAUCGGCAACUUCCCGGCCCGCAUGUCAACUGCUGCCGCGGCCCAAACUGUCUCGUCACCGGCAAAUCCCGCUUCCGACGAACUACUCGACUCGGAACGUCGCCAAAGAUCCAGGCAAAUACUGCAGAAUGCAGUCGCCGCGACGGCACCGAGACAUGACUGGACCAGAGAGGAGAUCUCGGCCAUCUUUUACCAGCCUCUGAUGGAGUUGGCUUAUCAAGCUGCCACCGUCCACCGUCGAUUCCACAAUCCCUCGGAAGUACAACUUUGCACCUUGAUGAACAUCAAAACCGGCGGAUGUACCGAGGACUGUUCGUACUGCGCCCAGUCCACCCGGUACCAAAAAGGCACCGGCCUCGAGGCUAAACGUGUGGAGACCGUUGAGUCGGUCCUCGAAGCCGCGCGCAUCGCCAAGGAGAAUGGCAGCACGCGCUUCUGCAUGGGCGCCGCGUGGCGCGACAUGCGCGGCCGCAAGAACAGCCUCCGCAACAUCAAAGACAUGGUGGCGGGCGUGCGGGCCAUGGGCAUGGAGUCAUGCGUCACGCUCGGCAUGAUCGACGCGGAGCAGGCCAAGGAGCUCAAGGAGGCGGGCCUGACGGCGUACAACCACAAUGUCGACACCAGCCGCGAGUUCUACCCCAGUGUCAUCUCAACCCGCUCCUACGAUGAGCGACUCAAGACUCUAGGCCAUGUCCGCGACGCCGGCAUCAACGUCUGCUCCGGCGGCAUUUUGGGGCUGGGCGAGACAUCCGAAGAUCGCGUCGGCUUGCUACACACCGUCUCCACGCUCCCCAGCCACCCUGAGAGUUUCCCCGUCAACGCGCUCGUGCCCAUCAAGGGGACUCCGUUGGGCGACCGGCCGCCGAUUGAAUUCACGAGCAUGCUGCGCACCAUCGCGGCGGCCCGCAUCAUCAUGCCCGCCACCAUCAUCCGCAUCGCCGCAGGGAGGAAGACCAUGGCCGAGGACCAACAGGCGAUGUGUUUCAUGGCCGGCGCCAACGCCAUCUUUACGGGCGAGAAGAUGCUUACGACCGAGUGCAAUGGUUGGGAUGAAGAUGCCGCUAUGUUUGGGCGCUGGGGGCUUCAACCGAUGAAGAGCUUCCGGAAGUUGGGACUGCGGGCGGGGGAUGUUGCUGCUGGGCAAGUGUGA